AGUGCGCAGCCAUUGCACGAUAAACGCAAAAUUAGAGACGAUAAAACGAGAGGCAAGAGUGAAGGUGUCUGGUGCGAAUGAAUUUUCCCGCGAGGUUUGCGAACACAAAGUAUCAUUGGACACCCAAGUGCUAGUUUGCAACGUGAUAGUAUAAGUUGACGAAUCAAUUGCGAAAAAAUGUCGUCCUUGAGCGGUGACGAGAAUAGCGAGCUCGUCGAAAAUGAACCAGUGAGACGCACAAGGUCUGGCAGGACAGUCAAAGCUGUCGCUGCAACCCCAAAGAAAACGCCAGCGAAAAAAGCCACAAGAGCUACUCGAGCUGCAAAAAGCAUUCAAGAAGUUGAGGAGGAAAAUAGUGCUCUUAUGGAAGAUGACAAUGAAACAUCUGAGAAUGGAAUGCAACAAGAAGCUAUAGAAGAUCAAGAUAGUUGUGCUAUACAAUUACAAUUAAGUGCCACUCUUGAGAAUGAAGAAGACACAAAUCAACCCCAAGGCGAUGAACCAAUGAAUGAAUGUGAGAGUGAGCAAGAAAACCAAACGAACGAGUGCCAUGAAACAUUGCCUGACGAUGCCCCUCUGCAGGAACAAGAAAACAUUCCUGAAUUUGAUCCUGAAAGUAUGCCAGGUAGUCAAGAGGAAGACAAUGUUACUGAAACUGAUGCAAGUUUUGUUGCUCCAGCGGAUACAAAUAAUGCACCUCCUGUCAAUAAUGACAAUGAUCAGUCACACGAGAAAAAAUCAGUAGAUGCAAUGGAUGAUGAUGCAGAUGAUCAAUGCAUUUUAAUUGAAGAUGACACAGACAAUCACUUUGGUUUAGAUGACUUAGAAGAACCAAAGCCUAAAGAGAGAAAAGGUAGUAAAAUUAAAUCAAAUACCAAAGGGAUUAAUAGUGAUGAAGUUAUAGAAAUUAGUGAUCAGGAAAAUGAUUUACCGACAAAGAAAACUGAGCCAGAUACAGAAGCUGUAUCAGAAGAUGAAUUACCAGCGGAAGCUGCUGCAAAGGAACCAGAAACUGAAGCAGUAUCAGAUGAAGAACUACCAGCAGCUCAACCAGCUGAUCUAGGCGAGACUGAGUCAGUUUCUGAAGAUGAAUUGCCACUUGAAAGUGAAAAAAAGAGAAAAGGUAGCAAAAACACCAGUAAAUCUGACAAAAAAACGAAGUCUGAUGGGACGAACAAACGCAAGAGAACUGCCGAAGGUGAAUACGACCCUAGCUCGCCUACAUCUGAAAACAACGAUGAAACUCCUGCUAAAAAAGCUACCAUUUCAACGGAUUUAAGCGAAAAAUCAGAUACAAAACCUGCCUCUCCCAAAAAAAAAUCUCUACCUGAGUUGGAAAAGUAUUGGAAAGCCGUGAAUGACGAUCCAUCGGAUUUCACUGGCUGGACAUAUCUUUUACAAUAUGUUGAUCAGGAGAACGAUGCCGAAGCAGCUCGCGAAGCUUAUAGUAAAUUUCUGGAACGUUACCCGUACUGCUACGGUUACUGGCGCAAGUAUGCCGAUUACGAGAAGAAAAAAGGUGAUCCCGAGCGAGUACAAACGGUAUUCGAUCAAGGCCUCAAAGCCAUCUCUCUUAGCGUCGACUUGUGGCUGCAUUACAUCAAUCACUGUAAAGUACUUUAUGAGAAAAAUGAGGAGAAAAUGAGAGAGCAAUACGAAAGAGCUAUCGACGCUUGUGGUCUCGAAUUCAGAUCCGAUCGGCUUUGGGAAAGUUACAUUAAAUGGGAGACGGAAAACAAACGCCAUGCAAAAGUCAUGGCGAUCUACGAUAGACUUUUGAAUACCCCAACCCUAGGCUACAUGUCGCACUUUGAGUCCUUCCAAGAAUUUAUCACGAACAAUAGUCCGAAUCGUAUUUUGAACGUCGACGACUUUCUGGCUUUACGCGGCGAAGUCAAAGCUCUGCUCAAAGCGGAAGAUACAACGACAGGUGAUGACGAUGCACCACCUGGUGAAGAUCUUCCGCCCAACGAGACGCCACCCACCGAUGAAGAGACUCGCGCCAUUCGCGAGAAAAUUAUCAGCAGCAGAAGGAAAAUGCACAAGAUGAAUGUGAAUGCCGUGGCAGCUAGGUGGACUUUUGAAGAGGGAAUCAAAAGGCCUUACUUUCACGUCAAGCCUCUGGAAAGGUGCCAGUUGAAAAAUUGGAAGGAAUAUUUAGAUUACGAGAUUGAACAGAAAGAUCAGAAUCGCAUAGUUGUUCUUUUCGAAAGGUGUCUCAUUGCUUGCGCACUUUACGACGAAUUUUGGCUCAGAUACAUCAGAUAUCUGGAGUCGUUAAAAGGUGAUAAUAUCGAGAGAAUUCGCGAUGUAUAUACUCGAGCAUGCAAAGUUCAUCAUCCAAAAAAGCCCAACCUUCACUUACAGUGGGCGACGUUCGAAGAAAGCCAGAACGACUUUGAUAGCGCAGCCAGUAUUCUCGAAAAUAUCGACAGCGUUAUACCAAACAUGUUGCAAGUAGCAUAUCGAAGGAUAAACAUUGAGCGAAGGCGAGGGGAUUUAGAAAAAACAUGCAGCCUGUACGAGCACUACGUAAAUAGCAGUAAAAACAGGACAAUAGCCAAUAAUAUCGUCGUUAAAUAUGCAAGAUUUUUGUGUAAAAUAAAGAAUGAGACGGAUAGAGCUGUCAAAGUUUUACUGAAGGCUACAGAGAAAGAUAAAGACAAUCCAAGAUUGUACCUGCAAUUAAUAGACUUGGGUCUUCAAAGAACUCCAAUCAAUGUUCAAGAAGUCGUGAGCUACAUGGACCUGUUUAUAGAUCGCGAGCAUGCUGAUGCGGAGCAGCGAGUUUUAUUUGCUCAACGUAAAGUUGAGUUUCUAGAAGAUUUUAGUACCGACAUUCGUCAAGUUUUGAAGGCGCACGAACAAUUUCAAAAAUGUAUAAAGCAAGCCAAGGAAAGGAAAAAGACGAAGAACGAUGACAAAUCUGACGUAACGCCACCAAAGAAAACAAAAACAGAUACGUCGAAUGCCCCUCCAGCGCCAGUCGGUUCGCAGUCCUACCAGUACAGUAGCAGUGCAGCCUCUUAUCAAUCUCAACAACAAUUCCAGAGUGGUCAAUAUGGUAGUCAAAGCAGUUACCAGCAAGGCUAUCAACAGUAUCCACCACCCUCGGAUCCAAACUAUGCUAAUUAUCAAAAUUGGCAGUACGGCCAAAGUGGUCCACAAGCUUAUGCUCCGUACAAUCAAUGGGGCUCGUAUAAUUAUUAUUAAAAAUACUUAUAUGAGUAGAUUCAAGUGGAUCAAUCUGAGAUACUUGUCCCAUCUGUAUUUUGCGCGCUAUACCUUAUCAUCGAGUAUUCUGUCGCACUCAUAUGAAAGCACGUUGAGGUCCAUGUGGAUUGAAACUCACUAAGUCUAUAUUUCCAAUUUUUGCCCAGCUAUCAUGCUGUUGUCGACUAUACUUUUAUGUAUAUCUACGCUUUUUCCUCCUUUAGGCUAUCUUAUAUUGAGUAUUUGUACAUUAUUUCUCUCUGACUGAAGAGUUAUUCACACGAUUCAUCCAUUAUAUUUUUCGUUGUUGAAUUGGUUUGUCUAUUAUUACUUCCUUUUUUUCUUUUUCAAGACAAAGACAAAAUCGUUAUUACACACAUAAUGACGCACGUGAUACUAUGUACGAGAACAUUGAUAUAUAUUAAUAAUGUAUCGCAUGAUGCUUGCUGUUUUUAGUUUUAAAAAUCCAAUCGUCGUUAAUUUAUUGCGAAUCAAUUGGAAAAAAUAUAUUUGACCUACAAUUUCAAAAACAAUUGAACUAAAUAAAAGAUUUUGAAUAUUGAUUUCAUUUAAAAGGACCUUACAUAUCUAUUUACUUUAUUUAGGUGGAUUUUAGAUGUGCGAAAAAGAAAAUAAAUGCGUUGGUACACGAUGUGUAGCAAAUUCUGUAUAGUUUUCGUGUAACUUAAAAUAACAUUGGAGUACAUGAUCAUCAAAUAAACUUUUUUA